AUCAUAAUGUCUCAAACAUGGGGCGCGAUAAAGAAUAUCACUAGGCCUGGAGAUUACGAGGUGACAGUGAAGGCGGCACUCUCCUUGUGGUUAUAUUGAGUGACCUGACCCGUUUGUCUCCUGUCACAACGUUUUCACAGCAGAUACGAAACUUUAAAUGCACAAUGCAGCGUUUGGUUCAAAAGGUGGACUUCUCCGGGCACCGACACUGAAAGCGGCGGAAGAGCAGAUUUGUAGAAACCCAGCUACAUCAGGAGGAGCACCACAUGCUAACUUUCCUAGCUAGCUACACUGUUAGCAUCUUAGCAGCUGUUCCGUCCACUUGAAGGCAUCACUGAGGCUACUACACACUCUAUAAAGACUAAACACAGUCUAUGGUACCACGGAGACCGGCAACAUGACCUCAGCUUCCACUAAAGUUGGGGAGAUCUUCUCCGCAGCUGGAGCUGCCUUCACCAAACUAGGAGAGCUCACCAUGCAGCUUCACCCAGUGGCGGACUCCAGCCCUGCAGGUUCCCAUCCUCCCUCCAGCGGUCAGACCAAGAGCACCGUGAAGAGGAAGCUAUAUGAAGACGGGGCUCUGCCCGCCUCCUCGGACGGGCCCAAGAAGGUCAUCAAGAAAACCACUGUUGCCAUGGCGACGAAAGGCACUCCGACCAUCGUCUCUGUGCCCAAAGCUCAGGUUGUCAUGGCAUCAGGACUACAGGGUUCCCCCUCCAGGCAGCCCACGCUGAAGAAACAGAAGACCGCAGGUGAGUCGGGAAAACUGCAACAUAAAACGUAUUCUGUUGUGAAUGUUCCAGUUACUUCUUCAUCAAACCUGACAAUCAAACAACAACGUAGAAUCCACACACUGUUUAUUUUACUCCUGGGAGAACGUUGUUGAUCAGUAAUCGAUCUCCAUCGGGCACAAAAUAUUUCCACAAGCGUCAUAUUAUCUCAAAAUGAUAACAUGUUUGAACUUGCUUAAAGGUGCAAAUGUAGAGCAUAUCUGUGAUUGAGGGACGGCCUCCUCAACAUGGGGGCGGCUGAGCCGACGGCUGGCGGCUAACGGCGCUAACAGUGCAACCAACCGCAACAGUGCUGACAGUGUUAACCGGA